GUUUUGAUUGCCUGUUCCAUCUGCUGUUCCAGGACGUAGAAAUGUAAUUCGUUGUCGUUGGAUUUUAAUUUCAGCUAGCCGGUUCAGUUAAACGUAUGAAAUGGCCUCAGUAUUAUUGAACGAUGCUGAGAAAACUUUCAUUCUUCAUGGUGUUGAGGUGGAUUUACGAUGUGAUGGGCGCAGAAGAGGUGAUUAUCGACCAAUGGAAUUAGAGACUGAUGUCGUCAGCACUGCCAGUGGCUCUGCACGUUUGCGUCUAGCGAACACUGAUAUUCUUGUUGGUGUCAAAACAGAGAUUGAUGUUCCGUAUCCAGAGAAUCCCGAGGAAGGAAAACUCGAGUUUUUUGUUGACUGCUCUGCCAAUGCAACUCCAGCAUUCGAAGGUCGUGGUGGUGAAGAUUUAGCAAAUGAAAUCAGCAGUAGAUUGAGCCGUGCAUACCAGUCUUUACCUCUUGCUCCUCUGUGUAUCGUACCAAAACAAGCGUGCUGGAAACUCUACGUUGACAUCCUUAUUUUAGAGUGUGGUGGCAAUUUUUACGAUGCUAUCUCCUUGGCGGUCAAAGCAGCACUAUUCAACACUCGUGUGCCGCAGGUCACCGGUUCAUUUUUAGAUGGAGGUAGUGUUGAUCUAGAAGUUUCCGAUGAUCCAUUCCAAUGUUGGAGGCUUGAUAUAACAAAAGCACCUGUCCUUGUGACUCUUAGUAAGAUUGGAGACAAUUGUGUUGUGGAUCCAACUGCAGAAGAGGAAACAUGCAGUGUGGCAAGCAUCGUUGUUGCCGUUUUGGAUUCAGGCUCUCUCACUGCAGUCAUUAAAAUAGGAGAAGGCAGUGUUCAUGAACAAACACUAAUUGAGACUAUCAAAACUGCUCAGAAAAUCGGCGUUGAACUGAACUCAAGUCUGAUGACAGCAUUAAAUCAAGAAGAAAGUCUAGGGCCAAAAAGACAGAGAUUCGGGUUUUUAAAAUGAUUUAAAACUCCUUCAUUUAAAAUAAAUAAAGGUAAUUUAGUCAUUAUCUGAAUCAUCUGAAGGAUUUACCUCACCUACAAUGCCAUGUCAUAGGAGGCAGCAGAAACUUCAUUCCAGCUUGACCUGUGUUUAGCACUUAUUUUGAUACUUUUCAAGACUCACACUGAAUUGUAUUUAUUGCUGUCUCCUGUAAUGAGGCAGCACAAUAGCCAUUUACAAUACUGGCUUUGAUUGUUUUUUUCAAAACCCAGACUCAUUUUUCACUUUGAAGGAUAAUAUUUUUUUAAAAUAUUGAUAUACCAUAGAUUUCACUUCCUUGCUCUUGUACCUGAUGCACGUCAAGCGAUCAGUGUAAUUUAUAUUUAUUGCUGAUUGAUAAGACCAAAUCCAAAAAAAAAAACAUGAUCAACAUUUUAAUAGCUUGAAUCACGUUUUAAAGGGCACUGUACACCUUUGUUAUUGAACAGAGAAACUUGGCUUUUAGAUGCAGCUUUUCAUUUUGUGCCAUUAAGUUAGAUUCAGUCGUCAAAAUUAUGUCAACCUUUGUGCAAUUGACACAUUAAAGUUUUUAUAUUCUCAUCAUCGCCUUAAUUUUUCAUGUUAUUAGGUGUAACAGAUUGAGUAAUACGAUGGAUAAAAUAUGUUGAGCUGAGGA